AAAACCCUGUGAAUGCAUUGAAGUUAAUAAUCAAAACAGAAUAAAAACAAUUGCUUUUGAUAAAACAACUUUGACUUCUUAAGAUUUUCCACCAUGUCUCCCAAUUAUCACUCCAGGAAGUUGGACAAAAAACAGAGGCGCUGUUUGGCUAUUAUUCACAAUGAAUGCAAAAUAGAACCGUUAACGGAAGGCGUCUCUAAAUACGUGGCCAUUUUGAAUGCGGGCUUAUCGACCGGCCUUACCGAGGAGGUGGUCUUAGAAACGGCGGAGAAAUAUGGAAAAAUCAAUCGACUACUCAUGCUGCCAAAUAAGUCCUAUUGCUUUAUGGAGUGCUUCUCUGAAGAGGAUGCUGAAAAUAUUGUCAAUAGUAUGAAUGGCAUUGCGGAAAUUGGUCAAAAAGGGGCAGUUAUUUAUUUGGGCUAUUUUGUGGAAUUACCUUCAGCUGAAGAUUCAAAUUGGUUAAAACCUGUGCCGGAGGGCCUUAUUCUAAUAAAUGAUUUUGUUAGCGAACAAGAAGAAAAGGACAUAUUAGCCGCCAUCAAAACGGAGGAUGUCACAGACGUCGAUGCUGCUUUGAAACACAGAAAAGUCAAGCAUUAUGGUUACGAAUUUAUAUAUGGGCUAAACAAUGUUGAUCACAACCAGCCACUGGCAAAUGGUAUUCCUAAAGAAUGCGAUACAUUUUGGGAUAGACUUCAUGAAUUUAGCAUUAAUCAAGGCUGCGAGUUUGAGUGGUUUACUCCUGAUCAGUUAACUGUGAAUUCCUAUGAACCUGGUCAAGGCAUACCUCCACAUGUGGAUACUCACAGUGCAUUUUUAGAUCCCAUAUUGUCGCUUUCACUGGAAAGUGAUGUGGUUAUGGAAUUUCGCAAAGGAUUGGAGAAAAGAUCAGUUCUGCUACCCCGCCGUUCGCUAUUAGUUAUGUCGGGGGAGUCUCGUUAUGAUUGGACUCAUGGCAUAACUCCAAGGAUACUGGACGUAGUCAUGACCACCCAUGGAAACCUCACGACCCAAAGACGUUCAAAGCGUACAUCUCUAACUUUUCGAAAACUUAGAAAAGGUCCCUGCAUAUGCAAAUUUCCCACACUGUGUGAUACCAAGAUUAAUGAACUUCAGAACACAGAGUCCACUAUAGAUACUGGCAAGGCUGCUCUCUUGGAAGAGGUGAAUGUCCAUAAAGUAUAUGACCAUAUUGCAGAACAUUUUAGUGAAACCCGUCAUUCACCCUGGCCCCAAGUAACAGAGUUUCUCAAAAGCUUUGCCAAAGGCUCGAUACUCUUGGAUGUGGGUUGUGGCAAUGGCAAAUAUUUAAACUGUAAUCCUGAUAUGCUAAAUAUAGGCUGUGAUCGUAGUCGCGGCUUGCUUAAGGUUUGCUCCUCACUGAGUUAUCAAACGUUCAGAUGUGAUUGCAUCUAUGUGCCCAUCAGAUCCAGCAGUGUAGAUGGCUGUAUUAGCAUUGCAGUUAUCCAUCAUUUGGCAACAAAGGAAAGACGUCUUAUGGCUAUAAAGGAGUUGGCACGUAUUCUAAGACCCUCUGGUAGAGGACUCAUCUACGUUUGGGCCAAAGAUCAAAAUGCCAAUAAUAAAAAAUCCUCUUAUUUGAGACAAAAUAAAUCGGUAAAUAAACAAAAGACCACUGAAAUGCAGCAGAGGCAACAGACGCAACAACAGUUGGAAGAACAGGCCAAGGAGUCCCCUGUCUCUCUGCCAGUGCAUACAAAUCGCACAGAAUUUCUGCAGCAAGAUGUUUUGGUGCCUUGGAAAAUAAAAUCAGCCUCCAGCCAACAGCAGCCACUGGAAAUAGAACAGUCAACAUUUUUACGUUACUAUCAUGUAUUUGAAGAAAAUGAGCUGGAAUCACUGCUGGAGGAGGUACCCGAUGUUAAACUUGUGCGCAGUUACUAUGAUCAGGGAAAUCACUGUGCAAUAUUUGAGAAACUUAGUGUGCCUAAGUCACCUGCCAAAUAAAUAAAUGAAGGCAAUCAA